AUGCAGGCGCCCGGCGCAGCCCCUUCGUCCACACAUGGACACGGAAGCUCUGAAGUAAGGACAGACGGACGUGCGCCAUGCAAAAAUGAUUCUUCAGCGGGAACGUUUGCAGUCCCUGCCUCGAUUCGCACGCUGCGAAACAACUCCGCCAGCCAUUCUUCAGGGGCGGGCGCUUCAGCGCCUAGCAGUGCCAGUGGGGGCCGGGCGAACGCCUCUGCGAAACAGCAAGAAGCCCCGCCACUGACGACGCCCGCCAGCGGCAUUGACCGGAAAGCAGCUUUCGUUUACGAGCCUCCCCCGUGGGGGCUUGGUGGCGAGUUCACAGCGACAGAGGAGGCGGUUGAGCAGGCUUGCGCGCACCCCGCCUUCCCCGAUCUGAUGCUAGAGGUCAUUCGAGAAGGAGUUGUCAUCGAUCAAGUCCCCCUCAAAGGCAGAGGCUGGUGGCUGCUCGGGAGCCUGAAGGAGCACGUUGACGUUCUAUAUGAACACCCGUUCGUCUCGCGACGACAUUUAGCGCUACAGUUUGCGGCGAAGCCGCCCUUCAACUUGUACUGCAUCGACCUGCAGAGUUCGUACGGGACGAUUUGCAAUGGCGUCCCUCUGAAGCCACACGAGCCGUUCCUAGUGUACGAGGCAACCCAGGCGAAUUCUGGAACGGCUGGCGCUUCGGAGGCGUCUGCCAGCAUUCCUGAUCCCCCUGCGUGCAGCGCCGACUCUUCGGCGAACGAAGAUGAAGCGAACGCCGGAAACGCCGAGGCGAGCGAGCAGGAGUCGGUCUUCUUUGUGGGAGGUCGCGGAAAUACGCGUCGUCUUUUCGUGAUUAAAAAGAGAACUGACGAGCCCGCCAUUCCAGUCGAGGCGGCCGCAGACAAAACCACUCAACGAAACGCGUCCCAGGGUGUUGGGAAGCGCAAGCCCAGCCACUCCGUCGCCAUUGAGGAACAAAUGAAAACCGCCUCUUCGGAGUCGAAGGGCGUAGGCAGCGCGCGCGGGAAGUCUGAUGGUGGCAAAAAACUGCAGGACACACGCGAUAUGCCUAAAACUGGAAAGUUAGCCAUGUCGGCGCAGGGUAAGCCAGGAGCCACGUGCCCUCCACAACAGCAAAGCCCCGAGGGCGGAGAAAUGGACGAAGAGAAAGCACUCGCAGAGAGUCCGACAAUCCUUGAGGGCGAGAAGGGUGAAGCUUUUUUGGAGGAGUUGCAGAAGGCGAGAGAAAAGAAGAGGAAGGCGGGGGGCGCACAGCCGGUUGACGUGCCUGAAAUGAAGAACCGUAAAUUCGCCGGCAAAGAAAAGGACUCAGAGACUACCUGUUUGGACGACGAAGAUGAAGAGACACCGGAAGAACGCGAGCGAAGAGAGAGACUCGAGGCCAACACUGAAGCGAUGAUGUUUGAUGAGGACGACGAUUUCUUCGAUCGCUCUGCCGGAGCAGAGGGCGCGGCGGCGGCGCAGAAGCGGAAGAACAAGAACCAAGAACCGCUGACAGAGGCAUCACUAGAGCGGCGGAUGGCCGAAUUGAAGCGUGAGAUAGCGCGAUGCAAUGCUGAGAUGGAACGGAUUGCAAAAACUCAUAGUGAGAAGACACAACCUGGAACACAAGCCUCUCCGUCGGCGGCCGGCUCAAAGGCCAAGCCUGCCAAGGCCGCCGACAAUUUCGACGAUGGGAUGGAUUCGCUUGACGCCUUUAUGGCAGGAGUCGAGCAGUCGCUUGUCAGUCAGGAAAGGGAGAAAGUGGAAAUGAGGAUGAAGACCCUGAAGGCUGAAUUGAAAGAGACGAAACGGCUGUUGGCUCUUGCCAAAGCGUAA